GCCCCGCGAGGUCCACCGACGGUGAACCUCGUCCUGGCAACACUCGCCGCCAAACCCCACCAUUGGACCGAAAGCCUCACAAUCCCAAGCCUCGCCAUAAUUCCCUACAUAGCAGACGACCCAAACGCCCAAUACCACCCUCCAGCAAACAAAGGGAACGAAGCAAUAUCUUACCUCACUUAUCUCCACGAUUUUUACGAUAUUCUCCCAGAGAUAUCAAUCUUUAUCCACGGCUCUGAUUCCUCCUGGCACAUCGAUGGCGUCCUUGCCCAUUCCACAAAAGAAGCGUUGAAUACUCUGGACUUGGAGGAGGUGCGUAGAAGAGGGUAUCUGAAUCUGCGAACGAGUUGGGCAAAUGCUUGUCCAGUAUGGAUCAACACCAGCAUACAGAUAGGGGACGAGAGGUAUGAUGAGAAGCUGAGGGAGGAGGAACCGUUUAUGAGGGCAGCGAUCGAGGCUAUUUUCCCAAAUAAGAAAGUACCAAUGGCAUUAGCAAGUCCUUGCUGUUCUCAAUUCGCGGUGACGAAAGAAAGGAUUCGGAGGAUACCGAAAGAGCAAUAUAAGAGAGCGAUCGACUGGUUGAUGAGCACGGAACUAGAAAGUAAGGUGUCGGGAAGGAUUUGGGAGCAUUUGUGGCAUUGGUUGUUCUUGGGUAAAGAUAUAGAUUGUCCUAGUGAGUGGAGGGCAUUGUGUGUUUGGUACCAUUUAUGUUUUGAGGAUGAGAAAGAU